ACAGUAGUUAAAAUGGAAUUAUUGAUUUGAUAAACUAAGAGGAUCAUAUUUAUCGACUUAAGUCCUGUUAAUAAACAGAGUAGUUGUACAAGUUUACUAGGUGGAAUUAGGUGUAGAUCGAGCGAACAGAUAAAGUCUGUCAGAACAAUGAACACGGGAAGUCAUGAUUCCACUAUCAUUACAACAGUCACGCAAAAAUUUCGCGAAGGCGAAUCAAUUCUGGCGAUAUUUGAAGGUUAUCAAAUAGUAGGGAAUAAGCACCAAAACCGACUCCUGGUUAUCGUUAGUUCGGAUUUCACAUCAGCCUUGUUUGCGUUCUCAAUCAGCUGCUACCCUCCGGAAAGCAUUUCUGACUUAACAGUCGUAACAGUUUACCCAAUUAAUGACACAUUUUGGGUGAAUCCAGAAUCUGGUGCUCCGGGAUCAAUUUCCAGCCAUCAGUUUACAAUAUUUCUCCAAAAUGAACCAACAGUGUAUUACUAUCAAGCAACAUCGGAGGUGAGCUCCUCGAAGGACAAUUUCAUUGGUAAGCUGAAGGAGCAAAUUGCCAACUACAAAUGUGCUUCGGCACAAGCCGCCGCGGCGGCAAGUCCACUAAGUUUCAAAUGGCUUGAUUAUUACAAACGUGCCGAUAUGCUGGCGAUUGAUCGGCAUAUAGCGGACGGUAGCCAAGCUCCGAAAACCAGGGAUUCAAAAUUUAAGGAAGAACUCGAUCGGCGACGGCAUGAGUACAUUGUCUAUGAGCCGUACAAAAUCUACACAGCAACGUGGAAUGUGAACGGACAGACCUCCGAGGAUAUUGAGCUCCCAGAAUGGCUUUCAACUACGGACGAUCCGCCGGAUAUUUAUGCAGUUGGAUUUCAGGAAAUUGAGUGGACUCCGGAGAAGAUAAUCAUGAACGAGACUAAAAUUGAUCGUACUUGGGUGAACAAAGUGAUGAUGGGUUUGCAUAAAGGUGCUGUGUAUGAGGAACUAGCUUCGGUGCGUUUAGUCGGAAUGAUGCUAACGGUUGCAGUUAAAAAGUCCUUGCGAGAUCAGAUUUCAGACUGUCUAACGGCGGCCGUCGGAACGGGAACUUUAAAAUGGGGUAAUAAAGGCGGAGUGGGCGUAAGUUUCCAAUUGAAUGAAGCGCUGCUGUGUUUUGUUAACUCUCAUCUGGCGGCUCACACUCAGGAGGUGGACCGCCGUAACGAGGAUCAUGACGAAAUCAUCAAAAGAAUGUCGUUUGAGAAAACUUUCCGCGGUCGAUCCAUUGAUGAACAUCAUCACAUUUUUUGGAUUGGCGAUUUAAACUAUAGGCUUAACGCGGAAAUCACGCAGGAAUUCGUUAACGAGAAAGACCGUGACUAUAAUCAACUAUAUCCUUAUGAUCAACUGUAUUUAGAGAAACUACGGAAGCGAAUAUUUCGCGAAUACAAAGAGGGUAAAAUACUGUUCGGUCCGACCUAUAAGUACAACCCGGGAACAGACGAUUGGGACAGUAGCGAGAAAAGCCGGUGUCCGGCGUGGUGUGAUCGAGUGCUGUGGAAGGGCUCACGGAUAGAACUGCUGAAAUAUGACAGCGUGAUGCAGCUGAGAAGAAGUGACCACAAGCCAGUCUAUGCAGUGUUUAAAGCGGAUGUCGAAACAAAGGAUGAUCAAAAGUUCAAAAAAGUUCACGAGGAGGUUUUAAAAACUGUCGACAAAUACGAGAACGAUAAUCAACCACAGAUAACGGUGGAGCAAACAGAUCUUGAUUUCGGUUUGAUCAGAUUCAACGAAAAAUACUCCCGAGAACUGUUGGUUGCUAACAACUGUCAUCUUCCGGUUCGGUUCCGCUUUGCCGCCAAAGACGAUCGGAACAGUCGCGUGUGUGAAGAUUUCAUCCAUAUCAGUCACAAAUCGGGUGAGCUGAUUACAGGAAAUAGUCUUAGUAUACGAAUAGAUAUCUUUGUGGAUGCAAAGGCGGCUUCGGGGAUGUUGAAAAAGCUUAAGGAUGCGAGAGCAGGCGUCAAAAUACCGCUCGAUAUUCUAGUAUUGCACGUAGAGAAUGGUCGAGAUAUAUUCAUUACCAUUUUUGGAGAGUAUAAACAAAGCUGCUUUGGUGUUUCACUUGAAACGUUGAUGAAGCUGAAUAAGCCGAUUUUCGAGUACGAAAUCAAUGAAUUGAUAGCUCUGGAAAAAGAGGAAAAGCUUAUUGACAUUACCGGGGACGAGAACCUGAAAAUUCCCCGAGAAAUCUGGAGGUUGAUAGAUUAUUUGUACAAAAAUGGAAUGGAAACUGCGCAGCUGUUCACUCCUAAUCGGACCUAUUCGAGACACGAGAAUAUUCUGGAAAUUCGAGACUGGCUAGACAGCUGGUCAUCAGAGCCGUUCCCGGGUAUUCCUAAGACUGCGGCAGAAGCACUUCUUAUUCUUCUAGAAUCCCUUCCCGAACCGGUAGUUACCAUCAGCGAACGGGAAUGCAUCGUCUACGCCGAUAACUACGAACGCUGCAAGGAACUAAUCCGAACGAAGCUGAAACCCGUUCAUAAGCUGGUAUUUCUAUACAUUUGUAUGUUUCUCAUAGAACUGCGGAGGCGUAACCCGAACAUGCGUCUCGAGCUGCUAGCAACCAUUUUCGGUCGAAUAUUGAUUCGCAGCCAAAUUCCGCUGGUACGAACCCCAACCGGAAACGAUGUUUACGCUUACACCGAAGGCGAGAGGGACCAACGGCGACGAUUUCUAAUGACAUUUUUAACCAACAAGAUACAGGAAUUCGCUCGAACAGAAAUGGAAAAUAACAGCACGUAGAACCAAUGUCUGGAUGAGCUUACCGGAGUAGUGUCCAUGAUGGCACUUCAGCCGCGCGUACUAAGCAAUAGCUGUAGUAAACACAUUCUGUGUUACAAAGAGUCACUUGAUGAACAAUUUUAGAUGUAAAAAAUAAUGUCAGCAUCGGUAGCGAGAAAGAAAUUGUAUUUAAUGACAUUCUAUCACUGUGUGCUCACUCUGAGAUGGUUUGCAAUCAGUGCAUCACCUU